ACCGUAAGUGUGCGCAGUUACAAGCAACGAGCUACAAGCAGAUAUUCAGUUUGAUUGUUAUAGGAUAUUCAGGUGUACCACGAACUUAUUGGGUCUAUUGCCUCUGUGGUUGAAAUGUAUGUAUGACGACAAAGAUGAGCUGUUCUUUACAUCACCAAGGAAAUAUCUCUGAAAACAAUCAUCUGAAAUUUGUUGGCUGAUUCUGAUGCAAACUCCAACAACCAUUAUGGCAGAGCAAUCAAAGCAGUGUAAUUUAGCUGACGCAACGCCUAAUGGUAGUGUGGAAUCAUCAGCUGUUCAAAGGAGUGGAAGAUCAGUUCUGUGGAUUCCAGUCAUCUUUGUGUCAGCCACAUUUAUUCUUUACAACCUCUCAGUUAAUUUCCCACAACAAUCUUCAAACUCUAACAGCACUUUGAUGUUUCCAAGCAGCUUUGAGGAGCUGACAUCACUAUCAGAACAUUUGAGAAUGUACAAAGAUAAUCAUUUUGUUUAUGUGCUGACUGUGUUUUGUUGUGCGUACAUCUAUAAGCAGACCUUUGCCAUCCCUGGCUCUGUCUUUUUGAAUGUACUUGCUGGAGCUCUUUUUGGAGCCUGGAGUGGCUUUUUUCUGACAUGCAUUCUAUCAGCUUGUGGGGCCACAUUUUGUUACUUGCUGUCAGACAACUUCGCAAAAUCCUAUUUGAUACAGUAUUUUCCAGAGAAGAUAAAUUAUUUUCAGAAAAAGGUUGAGGAAAACAUGACUGGUCUUUUCUUCUACCUUCUGUUUUUGCGCUUGUUUCCCAUGUCUCCCAACUGGUUUAUGAACAUGGUAUCACCUAUUGUUGGUGUGCGCAUCCACUUCUUUCUAUCUGUUUUCAUAGGUCUCAUGCCAUACAAUUUCAUCUGCACUCAAACUGGCAGCAUUUUGGCUGAGGUCAGCUCUCUGAAUGAUAUUUUUUCACUAUGGACCAUGCUUCAAAUGGCAGUGCUUGCAUUUGUAGCUCUUGUGCCCAGUUUUCUGAUCAAGAAAAUACAUCAAGCCAAAAUACGAAAAGAACUUUAAUGACACUGUUUUGGCUGCUUCUGUAUAGAAAGCUUGACUGAUAAGAUGCCUUUUUUUUUUAUACCUGAAAUGUUGAUACCAUUUAGCUUGGUUAUCACAUACCACAUCCCUGAAUACUUUUGUGUGAGAAUGUUAGUGCUGUUUGUCAAAUAAGCUUUACUCUGAAAUCAGGAGGGCAAUGUCACUAAUACCAUGUGAAGAGACAUCCUGCCCUGUCAUAUCUUUUUCUUGAAGAUAUGCAUGCAUUUUUGUUGUUGUUGUUUCAAAUGUCUUAAAAUCCUGGCCUGUGCAGUAUUGAUGUUACAUUUUUUUUUCUUUUAAAGAGCUGUUACAGGCUGAAGACAUAAGCCUUCUUGUCCAUAAGAUUGGAGCAUGAUUAUGAUCUUUGCUCACACUUUGUUUUAAUUGCAGUUGUCCUGCAACUAACUCAGGGCCAGAAAAAAUGUGUUUGAUGAAUCCUUUUUUCAUCCUGUAUUCCUCUGAUUUAUUGUCGAGUCUUGAUCUUAGUAUUUAUUUUAAUAUAGGUUUCUUGAGGGUUAUUUUAGAUUUUUAAGCUGUUGGAUUGAGAUAACCCAACAUUGUUGCACAGUCUGGAAACCCCAUAUUCUUCCCUACAGAAAAUUUGAAAAUAACCUGUUAUAAUUUUUUUCUAAAAAAAAAAAGAAGAAAAAGGUCAAGACAUUUUGGCUGCAGAUUUUUAUUUUAAUAUAUUUUUUGUGGUGAAUGGAAGUAUGAAGGCUGUAAAAAAGUUGCUGGAAUGUAGCAUACAGUAAAUUAACCACUAAUUUUGUAACAGAUGCGUUGUAUUGAAGUGUGUAGCAUUACAACUUAUGGUGACUCAGAGUUUGAAGGUGAAAAGUAUUACACCUGUUUCAAACAAAACGUAAUGCUUUAAAAAAAAUUGUAAUCACAUAUCUUUCAAAACGUUGUAUCAAGAUCACACCGAUGAGUCGCUGUCAUAUGCAGGGGGUGGGUCACCCAAGAUGCUUUGACUAUCACCUGUCUGUUGUGUGUGAUCUCCAUCAUGAAACUCUUGCCAUGUUAGAUGAGAGGAGUCAGCAACCAGGGUUCGAGGUUUUGGGUGACCUGUCCUGGCGUCUUGAUCUCUGCUUGUGAAGCCGAGAGGCAUAGCUUGAAGAGAGCUUUCUGACUCUGACUGGCUGUCCUCCAUAAACGACUGGCAAUCCUCCUCAAAUGAUAGUCUGUCAUCAAACGCUGCGGAAGGAAGGGUGCUGUAAUGAGGCGGUGAAUCACACUCACCCUGUUCAUUUUGCUCUUGCAGAAGAUAUGUACUCGAGAUCGCUGCCUCUUCUUUGGAUGCGUGCAUCACUGCGGUCUGCGCUUGUAAAGUGCAGUAGGAAGGCGGAGGACAUCGAAGUGCGUCGUCUGCUGUUGCUGCCGGGAGCUGCACCUGCGCAACUUCCGGCUCUCUUGCUGUAGGUAAAGGAUGCACCUCACAGUCACCCAACACUGUCAUCUCGAGUUGGUCGCUGACACUGGAUUCCGAAUCUUCUCGAUUUAUGGGUCUUUCACUCGUCAGGAGAGCUGUGUAUAUACGCAAAGCCAAACUGUUCAAUGCCCUUCGUCUUGAGACUGCAAAAUAUGAAGGGCAAAAACUUCAGAUUGUUGUCAGCUGCGUACAUAUCCUGCAAUAUAAUGCCUAUCCUUACUUAGCCACUCAUUGUAAUUGACUGUUCUUAACUGUGAAGUCUGAAAUGAUUACAAAAAAUUGCAUUAU